GCGGGUUGGGUGAUGGAUGUCCGCGACGAAUUGAACAACUGAGACGAACUCAACUAGUGCUAAGAAAUGGAAUGGAGAGGUAUUCCGCAAGGCCGUCUAUUUAUGGGCGGCCUAUUAGAGAAGAUAACUGGCAUGUGGUCGAACCACCGCAACCCCCAUCGAACUACGUUCCAAAUAUAUUCGCAGUGCAGCCAGCCUAUGAGUAUAACCAGAUGAAUUAUUAUCAGCCUCCAACGUACCAAGUGCUGCCUCCGCCAUUUUAUCCGUCUCCACGAGUCGUUGUUCCGGCGUCGCAUCCUCAAAAUGUUCUAUUUCUAAAAAAUGUUUAUCAAAAUUCACCUAGUUACACCUACGAAAGACUCAAAGCAUAUUUUCAAGAGUUUCAAGGAUAUAAAACUUUACACUUACUCUGGGAGUUCGUAGACGCAGCGGCAGUAAUAUUUUCAAACGAUCCCUGCACACGUUGGGCGGCAGCCAACGUUCAGGGAAAAUAUCUGAACCCUGCCCGACCCCUCGAAGCAUACGUGCUGGACUACAACUUUGUUAUGCCCUUCCACACGUGUGGACCUAAUUGUACUUUUGAAACUCGUUAAGUGCUCACUAGAUCGUCAUUCAUUAAACCGUUCGGUUUUUCUUAUAUUAUAAAUCCUAUUAUAAAAUUAAGAAUUAGCGUUAAGAUGUUGAGAGAAAUAGUGUUUGUUUUUAUGCUGAUCUUUGCAGCAACCGUACAUUUCUAUGAGCUUUAUAAGCUGUACGAAAAGAAUAAGUCGCUGGAGCUGUUACUGGAAAUAUACCAGAAAAUUUCUAUAGAAACUGGCGAAGAUCCCCUUAACUUGACACACGUCGGACGUCGCUUGUACAUAACAGAAUAGGGACAUAGCAUAGGUAACUAUUAAAAAAGUUUCACAACAGUACGAUAAAACAUUAAUAUAAUCUGAGGAAUCACCAGUCAUGUUGGGAGACUUUUUUAAUGUGUUUUCUUAAUUUCAUUUCUUUUAAUGCACCUGUUUAAUUUUUGUUAAUGGUCCUUUAGGUUUAGCCAAUAAGAAUAUAGUCUUUUAAUCCUGUAUUGAAAUAAAUUCGAAGUAUUCGCAUUGUAUUCGGUUAAUAAUUAAAAACCAAUGUAAUCUUUCAGAAGCAGACGGACCCUGUUUCUUCCCAUUGUAAUAUUUUUCAACAUUUUUUAUAUCUAAAUCAGUUUAAUUUCUUUCACACGAAUUCAAAGUUUGCGGAAAAAAUGUAAAAAAUUGUAGAUACGAUAGAUCCGGUUUGUAAUACUUUUAUUCUUUUCCAGUUUAAUAGUUUGAAGCCAAUGUUAGAAAAAAACCUGACCGCAAUUGCCAGAUAACUUUAAAGAAUCAUAAACACAUAGUAAAAUAAUAGUUCCUUUAAUAAUAUGAGAAAUGUGAAAGCAAAAGAUAGACCGAACACCAGUAUUCAAUAUUAGUGAAUAAUUCAGGGAAAAAGCAAAUUAAAGAAUUUUCCUCCUUCAAAGAACUCGCAAGGAAUUCGUUUUAAAAGAUUCCAGAAGUAGUUCUUAUACGUAGUGUAGACAUAAGUCUGCUAAACUAUUAAUCUUAUAUUUAAAAUAAUAUGGAAUGGCUAACAAACUGAAAUAAUCUCAUCUGCAAACUAGGAUUGAGGACUAGAACUUCUUAUGUUUAUUUAGUUUACAAUAUUUUAAAAUGAUAUGGUUAAAUUAUGCAAAUAGCUUUUCCUAUCGUAAAAACCUUUUUUCAUUAGACCGAACCGUUGAAUUGAAACAGGAUAGGUUAUUAGUCACUUAAAAGUAUCUUUACGCAAUUUCUAAAUAAAUAACUCAAUGAAUAACAUUUUCAACAAUGAUUCAAGCCUUGAUUGAACACUUUCUUUUCGAUAUUUUUCAUUACAUCGAAGAAAACAAAAGAAAUUAAGGCAAUUAUUGGUGCGUAGUUAAUUUUAUUAUAUAAAAGCGUCCGGGAAGUAAGCUAUCUAUAAUUAUUUGCUGGCAGAAAUCGGUAGUACGUAUUCCUGUAAUCUGUAUAGUCAUUAAUAAAAACAAUUAUUACAUCACGGGGCAUCAUUU